UCGGCCUUCAGAGUUUCAGCGCCAUUGAAACGUUCAAAAUUUUCACGGUGGAGAAGAGAGUCAAGAGAGGGAGAGAUGUCUACAGAGAUCGUUCAUCUCCGACGGAGAUUGGUCGAGUUCCUGAUUCAGUCUUCUACUCAACUCGAACUUCCUCCAAUCGUUAAAUACUCAGCACUAUCUCUCUUCUUCGAUCGAUUUCGUCCCUCUGUAGUCAGGUUCUUACAGAGAAAGAAAGCUGAACAUUGGCUAUUGCAACCUCUGACUGAAAGCAAUCUGCAGCUGUUUGUGUUAGUCUCCAUUUGGAUCUCAUGUAAAAUGCAUUGUGCCCGGGGUUUAUCUGUUCAUAGUCUGAAAUCCUUUGGGGAUAAAGUGAUUACAGAGCAACUCUUCAUGGUUCGGGAUUUUUUGGAUGCAGAACUAGUUUUUCUGAGGGUUUUGAAAUUUGACAUUGGCACUCUUAAUAUAGCUUAUACACUGCUUGAAGACCUUUUCAUUCAGUUCAAAGAAGUUUCAAAGGUUGGGGAACUUUUAAACUUUGAAGCAUGUAUGGAAAUGAUGGAUCUUCUUUACGAGAUAGAGGAGACAUCCCUUCUUUAUCAAUCUUCAACAUCUUUAGCUGCUUCCAUUUUGGUCUCUUCUUACAUAAUAACAGUGCCAAAACAGCAGUAUGACUUCCCUAUCCUCCCUUGGGUGAAAAUGGUGACAAACAAGGAAGAAAAGGAAGUGGUGGAGCUUGUUGGAUACAUACUUGAUCAUAUCCUUUACUCUCACCCUUCCUAAACUCUCCUUAAACCCUACAGGUACACGCAGCUUUAAUCCCUUCUUAUCUUCUACUUUAUUUUUAGCACAAUUUAAAGUUAAAAUAAAGUAAGCAUAUAUAUAUAUAUAUAUAUAUAUAUAUAUAUAUAUUUUCGAAGAUAUAAGGACAUGUAUGUAGGGUCUAUAUAGAUACACGCACGUACAUAUUAUAUACACAUCAUAUAUGCAUUUCCUUACUUUUAAAAUUUAAUUUUCCUGCCUUCAAACUGUUAAUAGAGUCGUUAAAUAUAAAUUCCAGUCAGGUUUUGGUCCAUAAUUGAGUUGGAGAAUUACAAAUACACGUGUAUUUUGUAAUGUUUUGUGAAAUUCUAAUUCGUAUAUUGUAUGUAUAUAUUAUUAAUAUAUACUAUGAGGGUAGAAUAAAUCGAUAUACGUAACACAUGGGGAUCUAAUGAUAUAUGU